AUGCGCGCCACCGAUUUGCUGGAGAUGGCGCUACAAGCUCCCGAGGAAGAGCAGGUGGUGCGGAAAGUGGGGCGCAAGUCCAUCAUGCGGGUCUGGCUGUCCUCUCUCUGCUUCUUGGAGCUCGUGAUGUUUCUCCGCUAUGUGGAGCGCUGCUAUAUACGCUGGAGACAGCAGCGGGGGGCUGGAGUGAAGGCACUUGCUCUAUUUCGAUGUUCACCAACAUCACCUGCCGCGAACAGACGACCACGCGGUGUGCUGUGGACUUGGAGGUGCCACGUGCAUCGUGUGGAGCAAACACUUCACGGCUCUCUAAACAGGCUGGCACACAAUUCUCUAAACCAUGGGUCGGAAGAGCUGCUGCUUCGGCUACGUGAGUGA